ACACACAGACAGGCAGGCAGACAGACAGACAGACAGACAGACAGGCAGACAGACAGGCAGCCGGUCUCGCCGUCACAGCCGAGCAGAGAGCGCCGAGUCCCGGUGACCAUGUCGCUGCUUGGCCCCGCCCCCAGCAGCAGCGACGCCUGCCUCAGCAUCGUCCACAACCUGAUGUUCCACCGGCAGGGCGCCGAGAACGAGGGCUUCGCCAAGCGGGCCAUCGAGAGCCUGGUGAAGAAGCUGAAGGAGAAGAGGGAGGAGCUAGACGCCCUCAUCACCGCCGUCACCAGCGGCGGGGUCUGCCCCAGCACCUGUGUGACCAUCCAGAGGACGCUGGACGGGCGGCUGCAGGUGGCAGGCAGGAAAGGCUUCCCCCAUGUGAUCUACGCCCGUCUGUGGCGUUGGCCCGACCUCCAUAAGAACGAGCUGAAGCACGUGACGUUCUGUCGGUUUGCGUUCGACCUGAAGUACGACAGCGUGUGCGUGAACCCCUACCACUACGAGAGGGUGGCGUCCCCCGCAGGUCCUCCGUCUCUGAUAAAGGAGGAGUUUGUGCAGGACUGUCUGCAGGUGGACCUGCACCCCCACUCGGACCCCUACAGCCAGCCCCGCCCACUCAGCAUGUAUCCCAGCAUGCCCCUCUCUCCUCCAGGCAGCAGCUGCAUGACGGCUGCACCUGUUGGCUGUGUGAGCGGUGGGGCGGUCGGAGGGGGAGGUUUCUGCAGCGACGGCCCCGGCCUCCUUCAGAACCAUGGGGGCCACGCCUCCCCCCCUCACCCUCACACCCCCACCUCCCCACCUCAACCCGAGUACAGCAGCCCCCCCAAAGCUGCCACCUGGCCAGGUAAUAGCCCCGCCCCCUACAGCCCUGCAGGGCAGAGAGGGCGGAGCCCCCAGCAGCCUCCGUUACAUCAUCAUCACCACGCCCCCAACCCUCACUUCUGGUCACAACAUCACAGUACUGCCCCGUAUCCACAGCCUGUUUCCAACCACCCAGGUCCAGAGUUCUGGUGCUCCGUGUCCUACUUUGAGUUGGACCUGCAGGUCGGGGAGAUGUUCAAGGUCCAGUCCAGCUGUCCUCUGGUGACGGUGGACGGCUACGUGGAUCCUUCAGGAGGAGACCGCUUCUGUCUGGGCCAGCUGAGCAACGUCCAGCGCACGGCCUCCAGCCACCGAGCUAGGCUCCACAUUGGCCGAGGGGUCCAGCUGGAGUGUCGUGGUGAUGGUGACAUCUGGAUGCGUUGCCUUAGCGACCACCCCGUGUUCGUCCAGAGCUUGUACCUGGACCGGGAGGCGGGCCGGGCCCCUGGAGACGGGGUCCACAAGAUCUACCCUGGAGCCCACAUCAAGGUGUUUGACCUGAGGCAGUGCCACAGACAGAUGCAGCAACAGGCUGCAGCGGCAACUCAGGCAGGAGCGGUUGUCGGUUCGAUUCCCGGGCCGAACAGCGUAGCGGGGAUCGCACCCGCAGUCAGUGUGUGCUCGGCGGGCCUCGGCGUGGACGACCUGCGCCGGCUGUGCAUCGUGCGCCUGAGCUUCGUCAAAGGUUGGGGGUGCGAUUACCCGCGUCGCAGCAUCAAGGACACGCCCUGCUGGCUGGAGGUGCACCUGCACCGCGCGCUGCAGCUGCUCGACCAGGUGGUGGAGCUGGUGGUGGAUAACUGCCUCUCUGCUGACGGAGAGGUGGAGGGCCUGACGGAGGAGUACACUCAGCUGGAGGUCCUCAGCAUGGUGAACGUCGGCCUCUCGUCGCUCAACAAGAUGCCCUCGCUGCCCAAGCUACGCAAGCUUGAGGUGAGUGAUAACACCAUCUCAGGAGGUCUGGACACGCUGAAGGAGAAAUGUCCCAACCUGACGUACCUGAACCUGAGUGGGAACAAGAUCAAAGAGCUGAGCAGCAUCGAGACGCUGCAGAACCUGAAGAACCUGAAGAGUCUGGACCUGUACAGCUGCGAGGUGUCCACGCUGGACGACUACCGGGACGGCGUCUUCGAGCUGCUGCCCCACCUGUCCUUCCUGGACGGGUACGACCAGGAGGACAACGAGGUGCCCGACUCGGAGGGCGACGCCGACGAUGAUGACGAUGACGAUGAAGCGGGUCCACCUGGAGACGAUGAUGAUGAUGAUGAUGAUGAUGACGACGCUGACAGCUCUGAGGGAGAGGAAGACGAGGUCGGCCUGUCGUACCUGAUGAAGGAGGGAAUCCAGGACGAGGAAGACGAUGGAGACUACGUUGAAGAAGAUGAGGAAGAUGAGGAGGAAGAGGAAGAUGGAGAUGUGGACGGUGCAGAUGUUCAGGGGGAGAAGAGGAAGAGGGAAGCGGAGGACGAUGGUGACGAUGACGAUGAUGAUGAUGAAUAAAUGGAUCGCCGCCCCUCCAGUGACCUCUGACCCCGCAGACCAACAGGAAGCAGACAGGAAACAGGAAGCAGGUUCAGAUUCUGUGGUUCUGAACCUGCUUUGAAGAAACUGGACGUUAUAUGAAAACUUUAUUUACAACCGCUCUGAUUAACAGUACUUCUACUGAAAUACUUGGAGGUACUUGUACUUCAGUUCGUCCAUUUUCUGUUUAAAUUCAAGCACUUCAAGUUCAAGAAGUACGACGGUGUACAAGUACACAAACUGAGUGUGAGCUGUUGUUCUUAUUGAUUAUGGAUCCCAUCAGAAGUUCUAAUGCUCUACUUCCUGUUUACAAGUCUGACCCGCCUGGUCCUCCAGAACCAGGAUUUCAGAGACUGAUCCCUAACAGCCGGUUCACUUCUGGUCUAGUCUGGACUACGUUACCCAUGAGCAUCAGCAGCAGUGCAUUCUGGGAGGGUUUCGCUUUUAAAAUGUCCCCACCUGUCGGCCUCUGCUCCUGGUCUCUGUGGGUCCUGGUCUCUGUGGGUCCUGGUCUCUGUGGGUCCUGGUCUCUGGUCUCUGUGGGUCCUGGUCUCUGGUCUCUGUGGGUCCUGGUCUCUGGUCUGUGUAAAUAGAAGUGAAGUGGUCUCUGUAGGUUUCUUCUUCUUGUGUUUCUGUAUCGAGUGUUUUUCAAUAAAAAGUAAUGAAAUCGUU